AUGGGCGCCAGCGAUUCGAAGCUCGUCUUCAAGAAAGGCAUCUUUAGGCUUUCUGAAGAACGACACAUCCCCGCCGAUGACCCCUACUGGACUAGUUUUUGGGAGCUUCCCGAAUCGUCCGAGGAUAUAUUCAGUCUUUUCGCUCCCGCCGACAUCCGUCGCACGAGAGACAAGGCCCUCGAAAAUCUAGAGACUCUGAUACUCGCGUUAACAUCUCGGCUGUUCAUCCUGCGCCAUCACCCAUCCUUUCCCGACCCCGAAAUCGCUCCCGAACGAGAUGCUCUCAACUGCAUCCGCGUCCUAACACGCAUCCUGCCCUUCGUCUACGAGGCAGACAACCUUCAAUCAUGGGAGGAAGUGUUCUUCUGGGGUGCGCGAAGGAAGAGGACGAGACAAUCUGCCAUCGCCAACGAGGUGCUGUUUGAUGGGGCCCAGGAUGGCCAGCGACCGCCCAAGAACGAUGUCGAAGACUUUGAGGACGCCAAACCUCUCGCCGAGGAGCUUAUCGACACUUUGAUCGACCUUAUGUUCUUUUCCGACCUCACGCUGCCCAGGCAGCACCCGGGACGGCCGAAAGUCACUUAUGCCAUUUGGCAGAGCGGCGUUGGGUGCAACACAGUAGUGGCUACAACAAAAGAAUACGAGAACAAUCGAAGCGAGAUACUCCGCCUCCUUCUCACCAUGACCAGCCACAGCAUGUACAUGUCGCCAAACACGCUCCCGCAAAGGGGAGUCCGCGCCCUGACGCACAUUUGUACAUGUCCCGACAAGCAGGUUGUGCUGUCGGUGUUGUGCUCCUUGCUGAACACCACCCUGAAGUACAAUCCGGCUACCUGGCGUGUGCCGUACAAUACCUUGGUUUUCAAGGACGAAAAACAGAUUCUGGUGACAUACACGCUACAGCUUCUCUUGGUUUUCCUCCUAUACCCGAUUCCUGAGCAGAACGGUACCACUUCGAAGAACUACUACCGUCACUUUCUCGGCAGAUUGCAUCGGCCCCAGGACUUCCAGUUCAUUGUCGAUGGCAUGACGCGCAUCCUCAACCAGCCGCUGCAGGAGAAGAGCUCAUAUCUCCCUAGUGGACAGGCGGCAUCAAAGUUUGCUCCCGAGAUCCUCAUGCUGUUUUGGGAGAUCACUCAAUGCAAUAAGAGGUUCAGAUCUUUCAUUAUCGACACUGAGCGGGCGCACGACUUCCUCGUACUCACUCUAUUCUACGCCUUGGAGUACAAGAACGAUGCAUCCAAGCAAGGCCUCGUGAGGAUGUGCGCCUUCUUACUUCAGACGCUGAGUGUGGAGGCAAACUUUGGCGCCAACCUGAAUAAGGUCUUCGAAGGGCAAGACAGCCUCCCUCUGGCAAUCAGGAUACCCGGGUUCGGUGGAACGUAUGCCGAUUUUCUGAUCCAGUCCAUUUACAACCUCAUCACCACAAGUCAAGGUAGGCUGAAUGCCAUUUACCCGGCUCUCCUGGCCGUGAUCAACAACAUCGCGCCCUAUCUGGAAGGCCUGAGUUCUGCUUCUGCCUUGAAGCUCAUGCAACUGUUCUCGUCCAUGUCUUCACCCUCGUUCCUUCUCGCCAAUGACAGCAACCAUGACCUGCUUAGGUCAUUGUUAGAGUCGAUCAAUUCCAUAGUGGAACACCAAUACCAGAGGAACCCGGAGCUUAUUUUUGCGAUUUUACGCAAUAAAAAACGCAUCGAAGCCCUGCGAACAUUCACGCUUGAGAGUGGUCAAGAGGAAAUCGAAAGGCGAAACCGUCGCCGCAAGGAGUCCGCCGUCAAUGGUGAUGGGCUUGAACCCAGUUCGGUCAGGAGUUCGGUCGAGAGCAUCCGCAGUCCAACAACAUCUCAUCCUCGGCCGCCGACGUUGAGCAAUGUCCCGGAAGAAGACGACACUUUCGCCAUUGGGGACGACGAGGACGAUAGCGAAGACGAAGACCACCGUCCAACCCCGGCUCAAUCGACGACGAGUGAGAAUCCGUCCUUGGCGUCGUCACAAGCGUCGGUUGUGGAGGACGCGGUACCGACACAGCUCCGAGGCAUGUCUGAGAAGGCCAGAGGCAAGAUGCCUGCUGGCAUGAGCAACUUCUCCAGGCAGAACAGCACCACCAGCCUGGGCGGGUUCUCCGCCAGUGGGCAGUCUCAGUCCGGCGCCUUUGAGCCAACGGCUCAUUGGAUCGAAAGCUGGCUCCCAGAGCUUCCUCUUCAUACCAUUCUCACUGUGAUCCAGCAAGUGUCGGCUCUCCUGCCCAGACAAGCACUCGCCGGGGAACGCGCAACCCGCGAGACGCUUAUGAAGAUUCAAGAAAUCAAGCUUGUGGGAGUAGACCCGACCCCGCCACGGGUGCACUCGUUUGAGUGGUCGCAACUGUCUCUGGGCUGGUACGAGUCCCUUCUAUGGGGCUUCGUGUUCACCAGCGAGCUCCAGAUUUCAAAGGGUACGGUUGGGAUUUGGAACGGUACGGCGAUCAAGUUGUUCCGUGUACAAGAAACCGCACCGCAAGGCCCAAGCUUGGCAUCCCCUAGAGGAGCCGUCGACGCAGUGGGAAGCAACAUCGUGUCUCGGAUCGGUGCGAUGAACUUGCGUGGAGGACCAGGUGGCACGCCUCCGGGCGCGUCUCAACGCCCUGGAUGA